AGGCCCAUUUCGGCUCUAUAGCCAGAGGGGUGGUAUCCCGAUGGGAUACGGGUCAUUGUAGCUGCUGAGGACAGGGUGGACAUGGUUCCGUUCCUCCUCAGCAUUGCUGCUGUGCUAUCUCUGGGCGGCGCAGACAGUAGCUUAGACAUCCUCGGUGAAGAGGAGAACCAGCUUUCCCAGAGGCGCUUGGACUUUGAAGCAUGGUGCAAGCAGGAAGUGGAAAACCAGGAGGCUCAGCGCAAGCAGCUCUUACAGCAAAAAGUCACGGAACCCGAGCUGCAGCGCUUCGAGGUGCCUGCUGCACUGGUGGAGCUGGAGCAACAGCUCCGGGUCCGUGCCGACAAGACAGCAGAGGUGUCCCUGAAGAGCCUCAGGGCCUUCGAGUCUGAGCUGUCGAGCCACUCGCAUUGGCUCUUUGGCGAGUCCCGGAGCUUGCAAGCAGUGCGGAGGCUGCGCCAAGAAGCGCAGCAGAAGCUCUCCUUGAGCCAAACGAGUCGCUCGAGGGCCGAACUGGAAGCUGAGAUGGAGCUGCUGAAGGCCCAAGCAAGGAACCGCAGCGAAGCUUUGGCAGCUGACUACGCCAAGGCCCUGGCGGCCCGCAGCAGACGCCAGGUGUUAAAGGCAGCACUCGCGCAGACCGAUGCAGCCCUAUCAGAGACUUCUGGCAUUUGCGGCCUGGGGCGCAGCGUGCUGAAUCGCACAGAGGUCGCAGGCAAGGCGCUGGUGCGCAAAGCCCUGGAGCUGAUUGGCAUGGUGGAGGCAGGUGCUGAGGCCCCGGUGCCAAUGGAGGCAUCGCGGGUAAAUAAAGACCCGGGUCAGAGCGCACUGCUGGAGCAGCUGCUGCAACAGCAGCAUCUUAUGCAGCAGCAGAUUCAGCAGAUGGAGCUCAAAACUCCCAAGGAGGUGGAGCUCCCUCGACUAGAGCCUUUGAAGGCGAUGGGACCCGACUCGCUCGCCGACCUUGCGACAGCGCCAAGCCCGGUCAAAGAGGUCGCAAAGAGUCCAAUGUCCUUGGCUGCAGAGGCAAAACAGAUUAGCCCCCAUGCCACCGCAUCGAAGCAACCCGACAGGCCAACAAAUGCCAAGUCAACUGAUGCCCUUUCAGCUGAUGCCAACUUGCCGGUGCCAAGCAAGGCCGCUUCAACGGAGGCAAGCAGUGUGGAAAUAUCACAUGUCAGAGAUGAGCCUGUUCGCGAUCCAAGAGAACCACCAGCUCCAAAAGACUUCCCUGCAGCUUUACGAGGGGGCUGGCAGGCCUUAUUGGCCAAGAAGCGGUCGGAGAGCAAAGGCAAAAAGGUCGCCAAACCUGACGACUCCUCCACGAUUAUGGAGCUCAUGCAGACACCACAGACGUACACCGCCUGGCAACCUGACAAAGGUGCAGCACAACCAGACAAAGCGAAGGAGGACUUGAUGGCAGCAGAGAAAGCAUUUGAGGAAGAUGAGGAUGACAGUGCGAGAGCUGGGAAGAAGAAGGACGCCAAAUCUUUCCUCCAGCUUGACGGAAACGAUCUCGGGCCUGAUCCUCUCGCGUUCUUUCAGUUAGGAUCCGCACAUGAGCUUCGGGGCCCAUUUGCAGCACCCGCGCCUGAGGUGGCGCAGCUUCUGGGAAAGUUUGCAGAAGCCUCUGGGAGCACCAUGCUUCUGGGCCUUUCCAAGGCGCAGCUUGACAAGAAGGACUUGGCGCUCAUGCUCCAGAAAAUGCAGGCCGAGCCAGACGACCAGCCGGCCCAACUGUGCCAAAGGUUGGAGAAAGAGAGCAGGCUUCAGGGUGUGGCAAGUGAGCUCAAGCAUCAUUUUGCUUUGGCCAAGGCCCGUGCAAUGGCUGCCGUUCUGAAGCGUGAAACGGCUGCCAGAAAGAGCAUUGCAGCAGCCUUGAGCAGUUCGCACAGGUUCUUGGGCGCGCAGAACAUGCUGCAGCUCAGUUUUGAGCGCGAGCGAGAGCGGCUUCAGCGCGUGAAGCAGCUGCCAUGGGCAUCGGUGAACUCCCGCGGCGCAGCUCAGGAGCUGCAAGGGGUGCUGGAGAAAAUGCUGGCCACGGCGCAGCACGCGGAGGAGGAGCUCCAAGAUGCGCUUGCUAGUGCCAGCUCCCGACCGAUCCCUCAGCUGGAAGGUGAGCCCUCGGAUGCUUCCGACGCGGCGGAGGCUGAAGCGGAAGCUGCAACGCAGGGCCCAGGGUCAGAAGUGGCGCGGCUGUGCGCGUUGGAGUACACAAGCCGCGCCACAAGGCAAGAGAUGCGCAGCAUCGAGCUGGCAGCCAUACAGGCUGCUGCGGCCCUCGCUGAGCUUGAGUGACAGUGAUCGAGGGAGC